CAGCUCGCCGUACUCACUGUUACCGUAGUGACGUGAAGACGCUCUGCUUUAAAUCUUCUUACACAACGACUUGAUCGUUUCAGUCAGGAAAGGAGAAAGAAAUAAACAUAUUUACUUUGAUUUAAUUCACUUUUAAAACGCUGAGAGUGAGGUCUGAUCAUGGCGUCGGUGUUGGACGCACUCUGGGAGGACAGAGACGUGAGAUUUGAUAUCACUCAGCAGCAGAUGAAAACCAGACCAGGUGAAGCGCUCAUCGACUGCCUGGAUUCAAUCGAGGACACGAAGGGAAAUAAUGGUGAUCGAGGAAGACUCCUGGUGACCAAUUUGAGGAUAAUUUGGCAUUCAUUGGCACUUCCAAGAGUCAACUUGUCUGUGGGAUACAACUGCAUUAUUAAUAUCACCACAAGGACAGCAAAUUCAAAACUUAGAGGUCAGACUGAUGCACUUUACAUAUUAACCAAAUCUAAUAACACUAGAUUUGAGUUCAUAUUCACCAAUGUGGUCCCAGGAAGUCCAAGACUGUUUACAUCCGUCAUUGCUGUGCACAGAGCUUAUGAGACUUCCAAAAUGUAUCGAGAUCUAAAGCUAAGAGGAGCUCUUGUUCAGAAUAAACAGCUGAGGCUUCUGCCACAGGAGCAGGUUUAUGACAAAAUUAAUGGAGUCUGGAACCUGUCUAGUGAUCAGGGCAAUCUUGGAACGUUUUUCAUUACUAAUGUGAGGAUAGUGUGGCAUGCCAACAUGAACGAGAGCUUCAAUGUCAGCAUUCCCUAUCUGCAAAUUCGCUCAAUAAGGAUUAGAGACUCUAAAUUUGGACUAGCUCUUGUGAUUGAGAGCUCUCAACAGACGGGGGGUUAUGUGCUGGGAUUCAAGAUCGAUCCAAUGGACAAGUUACAAGAUGCAGUGAAGGAAAUCAACUCCUUACACAAAGUGUACUCCGCAAACCCCAUUUUUGGUGUGGAAUAUGAGAUGGAAGAAAAGCCUCAGCCUCUGGAGGAGCUGACCGUAGAACAGCUGCCUGAUGACGUGGAGAUUGAGCCAGAUGAGCACACAGACGCUUUUACCGCUUAUUUUGCAGAUGGAAAUAAGCAACAUGAUCGUGAGCCGGUGUUCUUUGAAGAGCUGGGUCUGGCUAUAGAGAAAUUAAAAGAUGGAUUCACACUACAGGGACUCUGGGAAAUCAUGGGUUAAGAUGCUCAAACGCUCUGCUCCAUUAUAUGUAUUUUGGCAUUGCAUUGUUACAUUAUUUAGAUUUGAUAUUGAAGCAUUUUUCAUUAGCAAAAUGUCAAAAUUGUAUUUAUUUUUAGAAUAUUUAUUUGCUAUUUGAUAAUGUUUAUAAAUCAUAUGCAAACCAAGUGUAAGGAAAAAAAGCUGGGGAAAAAAUUAAAAGUUUUUUUGUAUAAUAUAAAUGUAUACACAGAAAUAGAAACAUUUAUAUAUGUAUCAAAUAUCAAAUCAUAUUUGUAUAUUAGAAACUGUUUAUGUAGAUAACUUCACGUGCUAAUUCUGACAUGAUGUA